UAUGAAACUCAACAAAAAAAGUCAACUUGCUAACUGGUUGUCGUUACACACGUGCCGCUUUCAACGAAUCAGCAAGUCGGACAUUUCCGAAUGUCCUAGUUCCGACUAGCAUGUUAACGCGAGUUUGUGUUUAGUGCGACCGUACAACCAUCGGCAAAUCUGUCUUCCGAAUGAUAUUUCACCCAAUGACAUCGAAGUGUUUUGUAAAGUGCAGUCUUCCGAAUGGUUGCUACAGCGUUGCUUUGUUUUAAACCUGAAGUUGCGAUUGGUCAUAUUUGUAAAUGGGGUGGUGACACCGAUUUGAUAAAGGCCGUUUAAACGGGUGGGCGGGUACCGACACAGUUUGAAAAACUCAGUAGCAGAAGAAUAGAGUCGGUGGACAGAACCGACACACCAGGCAAUUACAAGUAUGGCCUCUCAAAAUAUGGACCCUGCAGCUUCCUCAUCCACAGCCGCUCUGAAAGGCAAUGAGACCGGUGGGAGUGCCGCAAAGGGCUCAGUCACUAAAAGACUUCAACAAGAGCUGAUGACACUAAUGAUGUCUGGACAUAAGGGGAUCUCGGCUUUCCCAGAAUCUGACAACCUUUUUAAGUGGAUCGGAACGAUAGACGGCGCUCAGGGAACAGUUUACGAAGGCCUGAGGUACAAGCUGUCGCUGGAAUUCCCUAGUGGCUACCCUUACAAAGCCCCACGCGUGAAGUUCAUCACAUCGUGUUUCCACCCAAACGUUGACGAUCAGGGAUUCAUCUGUCUGGAUAUCUUGAAAGACAAAUGGUCAGCUCUGUACGAUGUUCGUUCCAUCCUGCUGUCCAUCCAGAGUUUAUUAGGAGAGCCCAACAAUGAGAGUCCCUUGAACACUGCUGCUGCUGAGCUUUGGCAUAACCAGGAAGCAUUCAAAGCCCAUUUGAACUCUACCUACAAGAACUGACCCAAGAUCCUACAAUCCUGCCAUGUGUUCUAUUUUUAAGUGUUUCUUUCUUCUGAUUAUGUAAAUACUGGGUAUGUCUGUACAAUAUUUUUAUGUUUGUAUAAACUUUAUGUGAAUAAAGUGUAAUCGUGGCUUUGUUGGUUAUUUUCCAA